GAACAUAAUCUGCGGCACCUCAGCUAUGACGUCUAUUGGAAGAUAACAGGUCUGCAUGUGUACUAACUACAUACAUGUAUAGUAUAGAAAAAUAUCUUUCUUAAUGCAUUUGUAUUAGAACAUGCCGGCUAGGGCGAAUUACCGCUAGGUAUCCGCCUCCGUAGUCCACAAUUCCGGCCGUCUCCGUGUUAGUGGCCGGAUAGGUUUACCCAAUCCAAAUACAAAAUUCGAUAACCAAUUCUACCAAGGCGCAUCCAAUCCCCAUGCGUUACACGAUAUGAUCCGUAACUACGUAGGUGCCCUAUCAUUUGGUAACAUCAGUCUCCCCUCUAACGCAAACGAGCAACAAGACUUAUGACGUUCGUGUCCAUGAUUAUGGGCCGUCUAGCAAUACAUAUAGAAAUCCAUGUAGAUUACCCCAGCCUAUCACACCACAUUUGAGUGAUCCCCACGAUCUAACGACGAGUAUAAAAAUAAAGCGUCUGAACUAAGCACUUGCUUUCAAGCUUGUCAAUCUCCAAUCUCGAUUAAAUCACCCAAGUUAAGAUACGCGACUCUCACACACACAUCUAUACCUACCUAUAUAUAUUAUUUUCUUACAUUACGCGCACCAUCACGCAACACUAUACCAACGACCAACGUAACCUAGUCGAAGCCUAUUCCAUACACCACUAUCAUGGCCUCCGCCGAAACAGUUAACCUAGGACCAGCCCAUCCCCCCAGAGAAGAAUCCCUCAAACUCUUCAGCGAGAUCGAAUCCGACCUAAAGAAGACACUUCUUCACAUGAAGCACACAUACCGAAAGCACGAGCCCGAAUACUUCGCCCCAGUCCAAUCCCUCAGCGACGCCGACCUAACCUCCUUCUCCUCCUCGGACCUGUACCAGGUCCGCGUCGGCAUAUCCGCCUACGGCCUACACCUCUUCGGCAAGCAGCGGCUCCCCGCCAUGCCCGACUCGGGCCCCGCAUACAUCCACUUCCGCGCCUUCGUCGGCGGCGACAGCCACAACGAACCCGGCCUCGCUACCCUCCACAGCAUCCACACCGAAGACGUCGACGAGCCCGACGGCGGCCAUAGGUACCGCGCUAUCUUUACCAAGGAAGAUCCGCUGGAGUGGUUUGAUACUUGAAACGGGUUACUUAUGGGCGGGUUGAUGGGGUGGAACGAGUUAUUGUGACGAAAUGAGCAAAUGAAGAUCAUGAAUAUCAAAUUAUCACUUGCGAAAUUUGCAUUGCUUUG